AUGGGACGACGGUGUAUUGCCAUGUGCUGCGACUUUUUCUUUCCUCGAUUAGGUGGCGUUGAGAUGCACAUGUGGUCUCUUUCUCAGUGUUUACUACGUCGUGAUCACAAGGUUAUUAUACUUACCCAUGCCGUUCCAGGAUCUCGUAAAAAUAGCUCCGAACCCGUUACGCGACGCUCUGGAGUACGCUACAUGACAAACGGUCUUAAAGUCUAUUAUCUACCAGUAAUACCCAUGGUAGAUAACGUAACAUAUCCGACGUUUGUUAAUCAUUUGGCUUUAUUCCGAGCCAUUUGUGUCCGGGAGAAUGUACAGAUUAUUCAUGGUCAUCAAGCUACGUCCACCUUUAUGCAUGAGUGUCUUCUUCAGGCUAAAGCUUUAGAUUUGGAUAUUAAAACAGUGUACACAGAUCACUCACUCUUUGGCUUUGCAGACGCUGCAAGUGUCCAUUUGAAUAAAGUCAUGAAGUUCUCCAUGUCUACUGUCGAUGCUGCCAUUGGCGUAUCCCACACGUGUCGAGAGAAUUUAGUACUUCGAGCUUCGCUUUGUCCGGAUAAAGUAUCGACAAUUCCUAAUGCUGUGGAUGCAACCAAGUUUAUUCCACCAAUUGCUGCAAUACGUAAAUCAAAUGAUCCAAUUACGGUCGUGAUUAUCUCAAGACUGGUCUAUCGUAAAGGAAUUGACCUUGUGGCGAGAGCGAUUCCAUUAGUGUGUGCGCAAGACUCAAGAGUAGAGUUCCUGAUCGGAGGAGACGGAUCAAAACGGCUUCUACUGGAAGAAAUGAGAGAGAAGUAUAGACUGCACGAUCGAGUGACGCUGUAUGGGGCGGUGCCACACGCCCAGGUGCGGGAUGUGCUAUGUCAAGGGCACAUAUUUCUUAACAGCUCGUUGACUGAAAGUUUCUGCAUCGCUAUUCUGGAAGCUGCGGCUUGUGGCCUCUUUGUUGUGAGCACGCGGGUUGGUGGAGUGCCCGAAGUGCUACCACCUGAUAUGGUGCAGUUUGCUACAGAUAUUACGCCAGAGGCGCUGGCGGAGGCGGUUUUGGCUGCAGUGCCGCGGCUAGCGGAUGUCGAUAGGCUGAAGUUCCAUGACCGUGUGGCGAAGAUGUAUAACUGGGACGCUGUUGCUGUGCAAACAGAAAAAAUAUACGAGAAGGUUUGUGCACUCCCAGACACCUCCCUGGUUAACCGACUGCAGCUUUACCACGGAAUUGGUCCAGUGGCGGGAUUGUUGGCCUCUGUUAUGGCUGCGGUGCUGUAUCUGAUUGUGAGUUUCCUCGAGUGGUGGCAGCCUGCUGCUGACAUUGAACGCGCCGUGGAUUGGACCCCAGUAUUCCGACAAGACGAUGAAAAUGGUGACUUACACGAAUGA